GGGAUGUCGGGACAGGGGCCGGCCCCCGCGCGGUGAGAGCUCUCCGCGGGCCUCCACGAGAUCCCCGAGGAGGGGCGGCUUUCUGAACGAAGGCCAGCUGCUCAUCCCCUUGAGGCCUCCCAUCCCCAGCAGGCCGGCGAAAAGCCCCUCCUCCCGGGCGGAGACAACUACAAGAAGUCACCGCCCGCGACCCGCCGUGAGACCAGUACCCGGAGGCUGCUGUCGCCUCGCCGAGUUCCUUGUGGCUGCCGCGACGCGGAGUAUGGGGCGCUGAUGGCCAUGGACGGCUACAGGGGCUUCCUGGGGCUGCUGGUGGCGGCGCUACUUGUCGGCUUCCUGUCCGUGAUCUUCACCCUCAUCUGGGUCCUCCACUACCGGGAGGGGCUUGGCUGGGACGGGAGAGCCCCCGAGUUUAACUGGCAUCCUGUGCUCGUGGUCACCGGCUUCGUUUUCAUCCAGGGCAUCGCAAUCAUUGUAUACAGACUGCCAUGGACCUGGAAAUGCAGCAAGCUCCUGAUGAAAUUCAUCCACGCAGGGUUAAACACCAUUGCUGCCAUUCUUGCAAUUAUUUCUCUGGUGGCUGUUUUUGAUUACCACAAUACGUCCAAUAUCCCCAAUAUGUACAGUUUGCAUAGCUGGAUUGGAAUGAUAGCUGUCAUACUUUACAUCUUACAGCUCGUCCUAGGUUUUUUCAUCUUUCUGCUUCCUUUGGCUCCACUUUCUCUCCGAGCACUUCUCAUGCCCAUACACGUUUAUUCUGGACUUUUCCUCUUUGGAACAGUGAUUGCAACAGUUCUUAUGGGAGUGACUGAGAAACUGAUAUUUUCUCUUAGGGAAAAUCCUGCCUACAGUACAUUUCCACCCGAAGGUGUUUUCACAAAUACCCUGGGUCUUCUAAUUCUGUUGUUCGGAGCCCUCAUUUUUUGGAUCGUCACCAGACCACAGUGGAAACGUCCUAAAGAACCAAAUUCUACACUUCUUCAGCCAAACAGAGGCACUCCCGAAGGAGUGGAAGGCUCCAUGGCAAUCAACUUUGGCAACAUGGACAAGUCAGAUUCAGAGAUAAACAAUGAAGCAGCAGCAAGGAAAAGAAACAUCACCAUUGAUGAGGCGGGUCAGCGAUCCACCGUGUAAAAUGCCAUGGAGGGGUAGCCAUGGCACCGUGCUUUUAAAAACUAACUCUAUGGUUUAGCUUCUCCUAUUAGCCGUAAGAUAACUGAGCUCCACAGAAUCAAUAAUCAUGAAGUAGGAUUCCUUGAGAGUUUGUACCGCCUAUGAACUGAGUGGAAUGGGAAAGGAGAGGGUCGAUGUAAAUGACAGCUGCUCUAAAUUGCGGUUAUGUCACCUCUUGUUGAGGACCAUUUAGCAUAGUGCUUUGCAUGGAACACACAUUCAGAAUGUGUCUGUCGGCUGGUAAAUUUGAUAACCUGGUAGCCCUAGAAGUUUUUCCAAAACUCAACUGAGUCCCAAGGCUUCCCUGGGGCUUGGUGUACUUUAUGAUCCAGAUUCCAAACCUAAUUAGAAUGAGAAUAUGCCUGAAUUUUUACGUGGCAUAAACUGCUCUGUAAACCUCAAAGCGCGCUUUUUUCACACGUUUCUGUUUUUAUGUUUUAAAAGGCACUUGCAUGGCACUUACUAUGUGCCAGCCACUAUACUAAGCACUUUAUAAAUAUUAGCUCAUUUAAUCCCAACAAACUUUAUGAGGUAGGUACUAUUAUUAUCCCUGUUUUACCAAUGACCAAUCUGAAGCUUGGAGAGGUUAGCAUCUUGCUCCAGGCUUACAAGUGGUGGAACUGAGAUUUAAAACUGGCAGACUGACUCCUCAGUCCAUGAUUCUAACCUCUUCGCUAUGCUAUCUUUUUCUGUCUUAUACUAAUUUGCACCUACUUUGACCCACCCCUGAAUAAAUUUCAAUUGCUGGAGUACAGUGGAGUUGUUGAAGUUUACCUUCUGGUUCUCUUUUCUCCUCAAAUAACCAAAGAAACGGGCCUACCCUGCCUGGAAGCAGAUCGUGGGCAUCCUUCUACGGCCAGCACGCCCUGGCCUACCUGCAUGCCGCUUUGAUCUUGAAAUUGUGUCUUGGUGACAAAGAAAGGUUUGGGCAAGAACAUCUGUAGCUUUCAAGAUUAAUCCAUUUGAUUUUUAUUCUUCAGGAUCUUGGCUGCUGAACCGUUUUGGGUGUGAGAAUAGGAGACACUUAUCUUAUGGUUUGUCCUUCCAGGGGCCAAUAGCUACGGUCCUUCCAGAUAAGAGUGGAAUUUUAGGGGGUAUGUUGAGCUCUGGGUUCUCAGUAGUGAAUUGAGACUCAGAGGUGACAACUUGCAUGCGUGGAGACCUCUGUUAGGCUCUGACUUAAAUUAAAACUCAGAGUAGUGCCUAUGCUGAAAUGAUGCUUUUCAUUUUGGGGUUGGGGUUGAUUUUUGGUUUCCCUGCAGUUUUAAACUGGAGCAUUUUAAUGUGGAUAAAAAUCUUACAGUUUACAACAAAUACACUUGAUAUUUUUGGUGCUUAGUGGAUUCCCUUUUAGGAUAACUGGUAAUUACUUCCAUAGAUUGAAUAUGAAAUAGAUUCCAUCACAUCCCAUAGGCUUCAUGGAAAAUCACUCAAUAUUCCCUUGCCAAAACACUGUUUUCUUCUUAUUUAAUUCUAUUUCCAAAAUUGAUAAUAGUGUCAGAAGGACCACCACUGCCAGGCUGAAUGCCUGGCACCUAUUAGGCACAAUUAAAUUCAAGGUGGGUAGAGCACGCUACAGUUUCUAUGCUAGGCACUGUCCCACACAAAUAUACUUUGAUAAUGGAUGUUUCAGUACAUGGAGGUGCACAAAAUUCCAGGAGUGUUUUGGGGGCAGGGGGCAGCGACAGCCCCAAGAAUUGAAGCUGCCAUUCCAUUUUAUAUAGGCCAAGAAAGAGAUUAUUAGUGAAAAAAGUUAAUUAUGGAUUUGGUGUUAGAAUAUUCUGUUCCAUUGCAAAGUAAUUGAGCACCCCUUAUUUUAGCCCUUUAUUUUAGCUUUCGUGUGGGCUAAAGUGAAGGUAAUCUUACAGAUAUUAUAGGAACUUCUUCUCUUUCUUUAUCUCAGCCUUUAUGAAAACAAUGCAUUGUAAAAUAUAUCUAGAAAACCUUUCUGUUCGAGACUCUUCUUUUAAUGGGCUUUUAUUUCUAAUAAUAAUUGUACCUUGAUCUUCCAAAAGCUGAUAUUUCCUACCUAAAGCAUCUCUCCCAAAAAUAUCUCAUUAAAAAUCCCAUGAAAAGAAUAGGGGAGCAGAAAGCCUUAGGUAUAAAUUCCAAAACAGUGAUUGAAAUCUCCACAAGUAAUUAUAGCUUGUAUCACCUGCAGAGAUAGUCUGGCUUGGUUUACCCCAUAAUCUAAUUUCAGAAAGAAUUAAAAAAGCUUUAUUUUUAACACUCAUCUAAGUCAACACUAAAGCCUUUCUCUCCAAGAGUUUAUUGAGAAACUAAAAUGCACAUGCUUUUUGAUUUAAUGUUAUCCAAAGUGUACAGCUUCCUGUACUUGUUGUGUCUAACUGAAGCCACCGUCCAAAGUACUUUCUUUUCUUUCCUUGUGUGGCUUAUUUAAGCUGUGAUGGUCAGAAACAAGAUCUCAGACCUUACAAUCAAAUGACAAAGAAGGCAAUUGCACUUUUUAAGGGAUACUGACAAGCGGUUUCUGUUUUCUAAAGGACAAAAUAAAGGGCCUCAUUUUCAAUUAGGCCUUUUUCCCUGCUGAGUUGGAAAUCCCAGUGCAAUGGAAUUGACUACAACUGCCAACUCUAAAAGCUCAAAGAAGUAGAGAUUUAUGCUAAUUUCAUUGCAAUAUGAUAGAAGUUUUAUCUUGGCAUGCCCUUUUUUAGAUAAUUUCAACAGAAGAAACUAACUGCUAUGUCUUAGAGCUACAUAUAGGAAAGUAUAGAAGAGAGAAAACCUAGUAGUAUUCUUCAUCCCUUACAAGGUACCUAAAAACUUUAAGUGCAAAAGGUUUCUACGUUUCAAUUUGUCUUUUAUCUCAGCACAUUUAUGGAAAAAUAUUAAAUUGCCUGAAUAUUUUAUAAUUUUGUAGAAAAAGAAUGCAUUUUAUUUUUUCUUGACUUGUUUUU